AUGUUGCUCUGUGCAAAUCAGCCGGUCAUCCUAUUUUUACUGUUUCUUGCAAUCUAUCUUUUUACUCUGGUAGGAAAUUUAGGACUGGUUGUAUUGGUCAUUGGCAAUUCCAGGCUCCACAACCCCAUGUACUAUUUUCUGAGUGUUCUGUCAGUCUUGGAUGCCUGCUGUUCUACAGUUGUCAUCCCUAGAAUGUUGGUCAAUUUCCUGGCAGAGAAUAAGUCCAUUUCAAUAUCUGGAUGUGCAGCACAGAUGUUUCUCUUUGUUACUUUUGGAACCACAGAAUGCAUUCUUUUGGCUGCAAUGGCUUAUGAUCGCUACAUAGCCAUCUAUAACCCACUUCUGUAUUCAGUGAGCAUGUCUCACAGAGUCUACAUGUCACUCAUUAUUGCGUCCUUUGUCGGUGGCACUUUAACUGCUACUAUACACACAGUGGCCACGUUCAGCCUGUCCUUCUGUGGAUCCAAUGAAAUUAGACAUUUCUUUUGUGAUAUCCCUCCUCUCCUUGAUAUUUCUUGUUCUGACACUCACACAAACCAGCUUCUACUCUUCUCCUUUGCUGGAUCUAUUGAGAUAGUCACUAUACUUAUUGUUCUGAUCUCCUAUGGUUUCAUUCUGGUGGCCAUUCUUAAGAUGCACUCUGCUGAAGGGAAGCAAAAAAUCUUCUCUACAUGUGGCUCUCACCUAACUGGAGUGUCAAUUUAUCAUGGGACUAUCCUCUUCAUGUAUGUGAGACCAAGUUCCAAGUACACUUUGGAACAUGACAUGAUAGUGUCAGUAUUUUACACCAUUGUGGUUCCCAUGCUGAAUCCUCUCAUUUACAGUUUGAGGAACAAAGAUGUAAAAGAGGCAGUGAAAAGAUGGUUUAAUAGAAAUUGGCUUAUGAAUAAAGUGAAUUUUCAUCACUGA